AGAGGCGUCGGUAGCUGCACCAAGGGUCUGUCAGGAAUGGGUCAUUUAAACCCUGCUUUUCGCUCUCGCUUGCUUUCUAUGUUUAUAGUAUUAUUCUCCUGGAUAUUCGGACUCUCACUGGGUACUGAACUGAGUUUUGUUACAUGCGGAUCAGUCAUUAAACUGUUAAAUAUAAAGCACAAUGUGAGACUACACUCGCAUGACGUACGUUACGGCUCUGGUAGUGGACAGCAGUCUGUAACAGGGGUGAUAGCUGUGGAAGACAGUAACAGCUACUGGAGUGUUCGUGGAACAAGUGACACCUGGUGCCAUAGGGGCACCCCGGUCCAGUGUGGGCAGACCAUCCGUCUCACUCAUGUCAACACAGGCCGCAACCUGCACAGCCACUACUUUGCUUCUCCACUGUCCUCCAACCAGGAGGUGAGUGCAUUUGGUGACGAAGGGGAAGGUGACCACCUUGAUGAGUGGACAGUUCAGUGCGGGGGAUCUGUAUGGAAGCGUGAGGAGGCAGUGCGUUUCCGUCACAAGGCUACAGACGCGUUGUUGUCAGUGACAGGGGAGCAGUAUGGACAGCCCAUCCGUGGUCAGAGGGAGGUUCACGCCAUGGCGAGCCCCAGCCAGCACAGCCUGUGGAAGGCCAUGGAGGGCAUCUUCAUGAAGCCUAGUGAGAACCCCGCAGGCAGUCGAGACUACACACACCCACACACAGAGUUCUGACCUUGACUGUGUCUCUGCCUGUUUCAGUCUCUGUCCGCCACUCUGUUCCUACCUCUAAUUUACACAUGCACCAGCAGCCUCUUCUUUACCCCUUCUUGUCUCAUGCAUCCUCUCUCAUUAAUUCUUGGCUGUCAUCUUUUGAGGAGACAGUGCCAAAGUCUGUCAUGGAUCUGGGUACAAUGACUUUGAUUCAACAACUCUUACCAGCCUGUAGCACUCAGUGUGUUUUUAGGAAACACUACUUUAUCCUUCAAAGAUCCAGUCAGCUAAGAGAGCUAAUGCUGCCAGCAUAGUUUUAAGAGUUGAUGUUUGCAGUUUAAAGACUUAUCAGUUUUCAGUUUAUGGCAAUUCACAGUGAAGUGGGGGGUGGUUCCUCCCUGCUGAUAUUUAUUGUUAAAUAGCUACUAUCAGCUGUAACAUUAAGACAAAGAAAGCAGGGCAGGUGAGACUUGUCUUUAGUUGGAUUCAAAGACAAAAAAGUUACACUUGUGCCUUUAUCUCUUUUUAUUUGAAGGUGUUUUACUGGUGGAGUAUGUUAACUUUUGGAAACUUAAGAUUUUUGAUUGUUUUGAUGGUGUUUGUAAGCUCUACCUUACUAUGGAUAAGCAGUGUUACUAUGACAACUUUUUAAAAAAUUCAUUCAAAAAGUAUUCAGUGUUGCAUACAAAUUACUGCACUCUUACUAACACUAGAAAAAACAUGCUUAAUGUAUGUACUCCAUUGAACUGAAAGCAGUGAAAUGUAAUUUUUUGAUCAGUUUUCCUUGGUGGUGCUGGGAGAAAGUACAGUGUUUUGCAUUUAAGCUGCCUGUGCAUACAUCGUGUGUGUCGACUCUGUGUUCCAGAGGUUCAAAUCAACGAACAGAUGUGCAAUGAAUACCUCAUAUUAAAAGAUUUUUUAUGCAUACAAGUGUUGGUGC